UGUUGCUCUGCUCUGCUUUGCUUUGUUCGCUCCGGCCACACCGCAACAUAAGCUAGCUGGGUGCCUCGUUUGUUUAAGCUUCGAGCUAUCGGCCGGUUGUUGUCUGGUCGAUCGAGGCGGCCGGUCGCUUGCUGCCGUUGGUACUUCCCCUAGCUAGCUAGCUCCGUCGAUCCAUCCAUGGCGACACCGGGAGGGCGGGAACUGCCGAACACGCCGACAUGGGCGGUGGCGCUCGUCGUCCUCGUCCUGGUGCUCAUCUCCGUCGCUAUGGAGCACGCGCUCCACAGGCUCACCCAUUGGUUCCACAAGCGGCAGAAGAAGGCCCUGGCCGAGGCGCUGGAGAAGAUGAAGGCGGAGCUCAUGCUGGUGGGCUUCAUAUCCCUGCUCCUCACCGUCUUCCAGACGCCCAUCUCCAAGAUUUGCAUCUCCCACAACGCCGGAAACGUCAUGCUGCCGUGCAAGCUCCCAGCACCCUACGCGGGCAGCGGUGACGACGGCGAAAAGGACAACCGCCGCCGGCUUCUCAGCUUCUUCCAAGGCGACAGCCACCGUCGGUCCUUGGCCACCGCCGUCGCGGACGUCUGCGCCAGUAAGGGCAAGGUGGCGCUCAUGUCCACUAGCAGCCUGCACCAGCUGCACAUAUUCAUCUUCGUGCUCGCCGUCUUCCAUGUCGCUUACAGCGUCAUCUCCAUGACGCUCAGCCGUCUCAAAAUGAAGAAGUGGAAGAAAUGGGAGGCUGAGACCGCCUCGUUGGAGUAUCAGUUUGCAAAUGAUCCCUUGCGGUUCCGUUUGACGCAUCAGACGUCCUUCGUGAAGCGCCACAUGGGCCUCUCCAGCGUCACUGGCGUCAGAUGGAUCGUUGCGUUCUUCAGGCAGUUCUUCAGGUCAGUCACCAAGGUGGACUACCUCACAUUGCGCCAAGGCUUCAUCAAUGCACAUUUGUCGCCCAACAUAAAAUUCGACUUCCACAAGUACAUCAAGCGGUCGCUGGAGGACGACUUCAAAGUCGUCGUCGGCAUCAGCCUCCCGCUGUGGUUCGUGGCGAUCCUUACGCUCUUCCUUGAUUUUAAAGGGAUCAGCACGCUCACCUGGAUUACUUUUGUCCCUCUCGUGAUCCUCCUGUGUGUUGGAACCAAGCUAGAGAUCAUCAUUAUGGAGAUGGCGCAAGAGAUUCAAGACCGAGCCACCGUCAUCAAGGGGGCUCCUGUCGUCGAGCCCAGCAAUAAGUUCUUCUGGUUCAACCGCCCUGAUUGGGUCUUGUUCCUCAUACAUUUGACACUGUUCCAGAAUGCGUUUCAGAUGGCUCAUUUCGUGUGGACCCUGGCCACACCUGGCUUGAAGAAAUGCUUCCACGAGAACAUAGGACUAAGCGUCAUGAAGGUCGUGGUGGGCUUAGGUCUUCAGAUCAUGUGCAGCUACAUCACCUUCCCCCUCUAUGCACUUGUCACACAGAUGGGCUCAAACAUGAAGAGGACCAUCUUCGACGAACAGACGGCCAAGGCACUGCAAAACUGGCGGAACACAGCCAGAGAGCGGAAGAAGACCAGAGACGCGGACAUGUUGACGGCACAGAUGAUCGGCGACGCUACGCCGAGCCGAGGAACGUCGCCGGUGCCAAGCCGAGGAGCGUCGCCAGUGCACCUGCUUCACAAGAGCAAAAAACGCUCCGACGAUUUCGAGAGCGCACCAACCUCGCCAAUAAACGAGAUGGAGGCUAGUGACAUGUAUCCCGUUGUGGCACAUCGGGUGCACAAACUAAAUCCUUCGGAUAGGAGGAGGUCUGCCUCAUCGUCGGCUCUCGAUUCUGACGUCAGUGCUGAAUUUUCCUUCAGCAUGCAACAUUGAUGAGUCAAGUUUCUGAAUAGUUUAGUCAAUGUAUAGCAAAAAUAGGGGCUA